AUGAUCUAUGCUGGUGCAGAUGGUUUCACCAAGCUGGAGAUGACCAAUGUUUUUGCCAAAGGUCAAACGCCGGAGGAUUUCGAGCAAUAUGUGCACGACCUUACUGAUAAAAUCGCAAAGAACAAGACUCGAAGCUGUGUGCUGGAGAAGGCCAACCGUCUUUAUAUACAGCAAGGACUGAGAUUAAAAAGUGCAUUUGUUACGGCUUUAGAGAAGUACUAUACCGGACAAAUGAAACUUGUUGACUUUCGAGCAAAUCCCGAUGUUAUCGCUCAGGAAGCAAAGCAUUGGGUGAGCCAGGUGACCCAUGAAAUGAUCACCUCAGUUAUCGAAGCAAGCGAGAUUUCAGCCAACUCAAAAUUGAUGUUGCUCAAUGCAGCGUAUUUCAAAGGUGCAUGGAAGAAAAAAUUCGACAAAGACUGGACAAUACCCAGAAGCUUUUAUGCUUCUCGGUACCGACUGAUCAAAACACCAACGAUGGCAACAUUUGGCUAUUUCCCACUUUUCGAGAAUGAUGAGGUGCGAGUGCUGGCGAUGCCAUAUGAAGGCAAUGAAAAUAUAAAUAUGUACAUCAUUUUACCACAAAAAUUCCACGGCCUAGAGGAUUUAGAACGCAGUCUUAAUGGUUUAAAGAUGAUACACUAUUUUCAAAACUGCAAGACGUCAACGGAAUUUUAUGUAAGCUACUAA